GCGGUAUCUGCUCCCUUUCCUUGUUACUGCGCAGAAACGAGUACCACCGCCACUCCCAUAUGAUCUGUACGCUUCAGGUCGUGAAAUACCAGGCUCUCAGACCUCAGUCCCUAUCAAGGGUUUUCUUCUCUGACAUGUCUCGGUGCUCGAAAAGCUGAGUGUUUCUGAGAUACCUGCCACCUCAAAAUCUUACUGACCUUAUCACUGAGCGUCUUCACGACAAAAUUUUCCAGACGGCGCCUAAAAUUCAAACCCCGACCAGCCGCGAGAGGGAAUAAAAAGACGACGGCAAGGCCUCUCCAGACGCCCCGUGAGAAAAACCCACAAAAACUCCAUUGAAUCAGCCGGCCCGGACGGGUGAAUAACACCUUCCUAUUACGGCAUGACUUCGAGGUUGGACCGGCUCCUCCUUCUACUUGAUACCGGCUCUUCUACCUCAGUGAGGACUACUGCUGCAAAGCAGCUGGCUCAAUUGGCUGUCAAGAGUGUUACUGGUGAUGUGGCUAUAGAAGAAGAAAUCAAGACAAAUCGACAACAUGUAUCGCUCGGGGAUCCAGCUUCGUGGUCCGAGUUAAUGGCGGUGGUUGCUCGGAUCAUCCCAUUUCUUCAUUCAAAGUCAUUUGACACUCGAACAGCAGCUUCUGUUGCUCUUUCUCAUAUUUUUUCUCUGACGCCCCUCUGGAGACCGUAUAACGAUGAAGAUCAAUCCAAACCAGUGAUCGGUGCUCAGCUGUCUCUCCCCGCACCGGAAUAUCCAAAUUUCUCCGUGAAGGAGCUUAUUCUUCAGGGAAAGCUUCUGCUUGCUUCUUCUGGCAAAGAGUUUCAAAGGCCGACUGGUAUUCUGUCCAGCGCCUUGGAGGUUAAAAAAGCUCGCAAAGAAGCAAUGGGUCGACUUGGUCUCGAGUUCCUGGACAAUGUUGCCGAUGAAAUUGACCUGGAUAAAGAAUUGACCUCGGAAAUGGACCCCGAUGUCGACGUCGAGAUGGAGACACCUCCUGUCACUGCAAGUUCUGAUCUUCUAUCGCCUGCUGUCGCUUCCAUAGACAUUUCUACACCUUCGCCAAACGGUGUGACUCAGGACGCGGACUCACGUAGCGGAUCAAUGACACCAGCGGAUCCUUCCCCGACAUCUGCAUCUCCUGAGGUUGAUAUGUCUGCACUGUCGGCCCGUGAACGCAAUCGUUUAAAACGGAAGCGAAAACCCGGAAACGCAGCAUUUGUGACAGCCCCACCACCUCAAAGUGCCGGUGCCAAAUAUGCACCCGCGUCGACUGCCGCAGGCCCAUCCAAUAAAGCUCGCUUAAUAGCUGCUGAAGAUAAGCCAAGUGCAGCGUCUCGUCUUGGCAGUCCCGCCGUACAGAAUGGCUCGUCCCCAGACAAAGUUAUCAUUGAUCCAACGAAGGGAGGUGCCGUAUCUCCUAAAGAAGUCAAACAGUCGAAAGCACUUGAAGUACGGCCUGGGUAUUGGAUAUGGGACGGAGUGGUGAAGGUACUGGAGGUAAAUCUUUUUAGUGCCGCUUGGGAAGUCCGACAUGGGGCUGCCAUGGCGUUGCGAGAGCUUCUCAAAAUACAGGGAAAGUAUGGCGGCAUGCAAGCCGAAGCUCCUUGGGAGGAAAAUGAAAUUGCUCAUGAAAAAUGGUGCAACGCUUUAUCUGCAAAGUUCCUUUGCGUAUUCGUACUGGACCGAUUUGGCGAUUUCGUCUCUGACCAAGUGAUCGCGCCGGUCAGAGAAACGGUUUCUCAAACUCUCGCUUCUCUUUUGAUACAUAUGCCCCGACGUUCGGUCUUGCACGUCCAUUCAAUUCUUCUGCAGAUGAUCCAGCAAACAUUCACUAUACCUGUAUCCGUCGGUAGCAGUAGCAGGUCAAGGUCGAAAGCUGCCACGGAACAGAGAACCCACAUAUGGGAAGUUCGGCACGCCGGGUUGCUCGGUAUCAAGUACGAAGUUGCAGUGCGGAGCGAUCUGUUCAACACUAUCCAUGUGAAACAGGAAGAUCAUGACACUGAUGACUCCGGUAAAGAUAUUCUUCGUGGCGUGGUAGCAGCGGCAUUACUAGGCCUGAGUGACCGCGACGAUGACGUUCGUUCGGUGGCAGCAACCUGUCUUUCUCCAGUGGCCGGUCAUCUUGUGCAGCAUUUACCAGAGUCGUUGGAUCAGGUAUUGCUUGUACUAUGGCAGUGCCUGAGCGACAUGAAAGAUGAUUUGAGCUCCAGCGUUGGUGCUGUCAUGGAUCUCCUAGGAAAGUUGGUCGUUUAUGACGAAGUCAUCGCCCUUCUCGCAAACGACAGUUUGGGACUGCCGCUUUCUAAAUUAGCUCCUGCACUCUUUCCUUUCUUUCGACAUACCAUCGUCAAUGUUCGUCUCGCCGUUGUAGAAACGCUGUAUUCCUUCAUGACGGUGCCUUCUCUUCCUCGCGACUGGAUCGACGUACCGUUCCUGCGCCUUCUGUUUCAAAACCUCGUCGUCGAAGAACACGCCGAUAUUCGCGAAGCUACCCUGAAAACUUGGCGACUUACUCUGUCCGUUGUCACCUCUGCAUAUCCAGAACAGAUGGUGAAUAUGGUGACUCCGUCGAUUCUUUUGGAAUGGUAUUCCAUCAUAAUGACACCCAUCGGAGUUCCCAUUGACCCAACACUGUUCUACCGAAGUACUGAACCCACAGAUGGGGAAAAUCUGCCUGAAAGACAUAACGUUGAUAAGAAUAUGCUUUCGCAAGAAUUGGGUUUGGUGUCUGUUGAAACCACCUUGAAAGCUAGAGUUGCGGCAGCCACAGCAUCGGCCCAGUUGAUUGCCUUCUGGCCAAAGGACAUGCCAAUAAAAGAGGCCUUGUUUGAACCCAUUCUCCUGCAUUAUGUCGAUUCUACCAGCAUGGUCCAGAAAUUCCUUACCGCGGUUAUUGCAGAAGAGUGGGCUCACGAGUAUGAUUCCAUGUCACCUGCUUCCGGUCCAUGCUUACACGAGGCUUCCUCUCUGGCGAAAGAGCUUAGUGCAAAAAUUCUGGCAUGGCUUCAAGCUAAUCCACCUGCGGCAUACCAUGAGAUGAUUGUCAUGCUCGCUCGUUUGCACUCUGAAUGUAUUGCACUUCUUCACGCCUUCAAUCAAGAUUGCAAGCUUCCCGCAUCAUCCAUACCGUCCCUUGGAACAGAGAUUGAUAUCACUGGCAAGAUACCUGAUUGCUUCACGAUUGAAACUGCGCAAGCUGCAUGUGGUCCAAUGUACACCCGGCUCAAGGAUAGUCUCGGAAGGACAAAGAAACGGGAACUCAUCGUCAUAGGGGAGAAACGGAGCAGCAUUCUUGCUAGCAUCGACCGGUAUAUCGAAGUCAAGGCACAGCACGAUACUCGAGUCUCCGCCGCUUUUGCUGCCGCCUUUGUGGCCUUCAAGAGUACGCCCGACAAAGUCAGCCCCGUCGUUAAGGGUAUCAUGAAUGGAAUCAAGAACGAAGAGAAUGUUGACUUGCAAACCCGUUCGGCAGUAGCUGUCGCCUCUUUCAUUGAGUUUUGCGUUAAUCAUCAAAUUGCGCAGCCUCCGGACAAAAUCGUCAAAAAUCUUUGCACGUUUCUUUGCCAGGACACAGCUCAGACACCCGCAUUCGCUUUCACGCGGAAGCUGUUGGACGGCGUUCUCUCAUUUUCCUCCGGGACUAAGGACCCCAUACCGACGAAGAGUGGCAAGGGUAUCGCGAAAAAUACAUAUAAUGGCGCGACAUGCACUGAGGAUCCCAAAGCACAGCUGUCUCGGCGCGGUGCACGACUGGCGUUUGAUCAACUAUCCCAGAAAUUCGGAAACAGAUUAUUGGUCGUGAUUCCUAACAUGUGGCAAUCAAUGGCCGGUGGGCUUUUGAGUGCGUUCAACGCAGAGACACCGAUGGAAUGCGAUAUUUCCAUAGAGAAGCACUUUGGCCAAGAUGUCAUUGAUUCAUUAAGUGUGUUGGAAGCGAUCGUGCCGGCGCUGCACGAAGACAUCUGGCCGCGGUUGACAGAACUGUUCCCCAAGAUUCUCUUGGCCCUGCGUAGCCGGUUCGCUAUCAUUCGCCGAACGAGUGCUAAGUGUUUUGCAACUAUUUGCUACGUGAUGACACCCGAGGCGAUGCGAUACGCCAUCGAAAACGUCGUUCCAUUGUUGGGUGACCCUUUAUCGCUCAGUAACAGACAGGGUGCCGUGGAAUUGAUAUUUCAUAUCGUCCGAAAGCUUGAUAUCAAGGCCUUACCCUAUGUCAUCUUUUUAGUCGUUCCCAUACUUGGUCGAAUGAGUGACCCGGAUAAUGAUAUCCGAUCGACUGCAACGAACACAUUUGCUUCUCUUGUCAAGAUGGUACCGCUGGAGGCUGGACUACCCGAUCCUUCUGGCUUCCCUGAAGAUCUGCUGAAGCGCCGUGACGAUGAACGACAAUUCUUGACGCAACUGCUCGACGGCAGUAAAGUCGAGCAAUAUAACGUCCCAGUUACCAUCAAUGCCGAGCUCCGGAAAUAUCAGCAAGACGGUGUCAAUUGGUUGGCCUUCCUUGCGAAAUACCAGUUGCAUGGGAUACUUUGUGACGACAUGGGUCUUGGCAAAACCCUGCAAUCAAUAUGUAUACUAGCCAGCAAACACUUCGAGCGUGCUGAGAAGUACGUGGCUACCAAAGCUCCUGACUGCGUCCCUCUUCCAUCUCUUGUCGUUUGCCCACCGACUCUCACCGGCCAUUGGUAUUACGAGAUCCUUAAGUAUGCCGACAAGAUGCGGCCUGUUCUAUAUACUGGGAAUGCUCGAGAAAGAGCUCGUCUUCUACCGAAGCUCGGUACUUUCGAUGUGGUCAUUACCUCCUAUGAAGUCGUGCGCAACGACAUAUCGAAUUUGGAGGGUAUGAAUUGGUUGUAUUGUAUACUCGACGAAGGCCAUGUAAUCAAGAAUGCAAAGACGAAACUCACUAAGGCCGUCAAGUCGGUCCGAGCGCAACAUCGACUUAUCCUAUCUGGUACUCCAAUCCAAAACAACGUUCUAGAGUUGUGGAGUUUGUUUGACUUCUUGAUGCCCGGAUUUUUGGGAACCGAAUCAUCGUUCAACGAAAGAUUUGGAAAACCCAUAUUGUCCAAUCGGGAUGGCAAGGCAAAGACCGGUGAAGCUGCUGCUCUUGCUCUGGAGGCUCUGCACAAACAAGUAUUACCAUUCUUGUUGCGCAGACUGAAAGAGGAUGUUCUGAAUGAUUUGCCGCCUAAAAUCAUUCAGGACUACUACUGUGAACUUUCGGAUGUUCAAAAGCAUCUCUACGACGAUUUCUCAAAGUCUCAGGCUCGCCACAUCGCCCAUGAUGCUGUACAAGCAGCUGACACAGCUAACGAAAGCAAAGGACAGCAACAUGUUUUCCAGUCACUUCAAUAUCUCCGUAAACUUUGUAAUCAUCCCGCUCUGGUUCUUAAGGACGCGGAUGCAAUCGCCGAUGCUCUUGUGAAAGUCAAUAGCCAAACCAAGACACUCGAGGACAUACAGCACGCCCCUAAGCUCCUCGCUUUACGACAACUUUUGACUGAUUGUGGCAUCGGUGGCGGCGCAGCUAGUGCUGUUACAGCAGAUCAAGGGAAGAGCGAGCUCAUUGAUGUCGUAUCCGACGCCGGUGCCAACACAUUCUCGCAACACCGUGUUCUUAUCUUCUGUCAGAUGAAGCAAAUGCUUGACAUUAUCGAGACAGACCUCUUCAAACAGCAUAUGCCAUCAGUCACAUACAUGCGUUUGGAUGGUGGGACAGAUCCAGGCAAGCGUCACGCAAUUGUACAGACGUUCAACUCCGAUCCCAGUAUCGACUGUCUCUUGUUGACUACGCAUGUUGGAGGUCUCGGACUGACACUUACUGGUGCCGAUACCGUGAUAUUCGUAGAGCAUGAUUGGAACCCCAUGAAGGAUCUUCAGGCCAUGGACAGAGCCCAUCGAAUCGGGCAGAAGAAGAUCGUAAAUGUUUAUCGUUUAAUCACUAAGGGAACUUUGGAAGAAAAGAUCAUGGGACUUCAAAGAUUCAAACUUAACAUCGCGAACUCUGUUGUUACGCAGCAGAACUCCGGACUACCUUCCAUGGAUACUGAUCUCGUUCUGGAUCUCUUCCGGCGGACCACUGAGGAAGAAGACGUCGCGACAAAAAAGAAAGCGAAGGAAGCUUCAGGCCCUGUCAUUCAGAAGAACAUCCUUACAGGCCUGGAGGAUUUACCACCGGAGGAAGAGUACCAGGGUCUGGAUCUUUCAAGUUUCAUGAAUUCUAUCGGAAGAUGAGUCUUUUGGGCGUAAAACGUUGUCACAGGAAUUGUCCAUUCAAUGUAUAGUGUAU